AUGGAGCCAAAGUAUAGUUUUCGCUCUCUCUCAUGCUUCGCAUUUUUCGUCCUUUUCCUUCUCGAUGCUCAAGCACAUCCACCUCACCGAAAAGAAACCGACAAAACCCCACAAACCCUAGAUUACCUCAAAAAUUUGGUCGGAAUCCGAAAAGGGAACUCGGCAAAAGGCCUUUCCCACCUCAAGAAUUACCUCUCUAACCUCGGAUACAUGAACAUCGAAGGUAUUAAAAAACCGCCCCCCGGAGCAAACGACGACUCGUUCGACGAGAACCUAGAACUCGCCAUACGAGCCUACCAGAGCUUCUUCAAGCUCAAGGUCACCGGCAUGCUCGACGGGGACACCGUAAAGCAAAUCAUGGAGCCUCGGUGCGGUGUAGCGGAUAAUUUCGCGGUCCUCAACAAAACCCUGCUCCAGAGCAAAAUGCCAAUAAUAGCCUCGCGCUACACUUUCUUCCCGGGCAAGCCCGUGUGGCCCGCCGGAAAGAGAAGCCUCACGUACUCUUUCCCACCGGGGACUCGGCCCGACAUAAACCGUUGCUUGUUGGCCGCCACCGACAUUUGGGGAGCCAAUUCCGCGUUUGGCUUCACGUACAUCGACGACUACGCCAAUGCCGACGUGAAGAUCAGCUUUCAGGUGAGGGACCACGGAGACGGGAAUCCGUUCGACGGGCCCCUCGGAAUUUUGGCGCAUGCGUUCGCGCCCACGGACGGGAGGCUGCAUAUGGAUGGAGACGAGAAAUGGUGCGACGGUGUUUACGAAGGGCAGUUCGAUAUGCAGACGGUGGGGCUGCAUGAGAUGGGACAUAUUCUAGGGCUUAUGCAUACAGGUGAUGUUGGUGCUGUUAUGUAUCCUUACAUUGGCCCUAAUUCCAGGAAGGGUUUGGGGCAAGAUGAUGUUGAUGGGAUUAAGGCUUUGUACCCAUUUUAA